CUGGCGAGCAAGACGCGACUUGAAGUCUUGAACAAAUGAAUAAAUGAUUUUUUCAAUUACACAUGUAUAUUUUUUCUCCACAGCCAUGUUUUCACUGGUACUAUUCUUCUCAGGUUUCUUUACCCUCACACUGUGUGUCCCUCAUUAUGUCUUUGUGAAUGAAUCCAAGACUUGGGCAGAAGCUCAGAGAUACUGUAGAGAUAAAUACACUGAUCUGGCCACUACUGAAAAUGAACAACAGACUGUUCAGUUGAUGGACACAGUGAAUGAUGAUUCCAUUGAUUUGGCCUGGAUUGGACUCUAUGAUGAUCUGAACAGUUGGAAAUGGACUCUAGAAGACAGUGAUUUCUUCAAUGUGGGAGGGAAAGACUUCAGGAACUGGUAUAACCCAGGACCAGGAAAUUCUGCAGCACAAAGUCUGUGUGUGUAUAUGAACAGUGGGGUAUGGUAUACAACAAGCUGCUCCAAUACAUUUUAUCUUUCUGUCUGCUAUGAUGGAAGACAAAAUGCCAGUGCUACUUAUGUUUUAAUUUACCAGUACAAAAACUGGACUGAAGCUCAGAGUUACUGCAGAGAACAUCACACAGACCUCGUCAGUAUCAGGAAUGAGACUGAAAACCAGAAGAUCCAGUAUUUAUUACGGAAUUAUUAUUAUUAUGCCGUUUGGAUUGGACUGUACAGAACCAGAUCUUGGUCAGAUCAGAGCAACUCUUCAUUUAGUUACUGGAGCACAUGGCAACCAGAUACUGCAGGAUCCUGCACUGUAGUCUCAUUUAGUGAUUCUGGGAAAUGGGCAGAUGAAAACUGCAAUUAUGCAUUUCCUUUCUUUUGUCACAAUGCAUCAUCUCACCAGUAUCAUUUUGUGAAUGAAUCAAAGACCUGGACUGAAGCUCAGAGAUUCUGCAGACAGAAUUACACUGAUCUGGCCACCAUUGAUAACAUGGAGGAAAUGAACAGUCUGAUCAACACAGUUAAUGGGAGUUACAGCGGCUCAGCCUGGAUUGGACUGUAUGAUGAUGUGAACAGCUGGAGAUGGUCAUUGGAGGACAAUGAUUUCUAUCAGGAAGGAGAGAGAGAUUUCAGGAAUUGGUAUCAUGAACCCAACAAUGAUGGGGGGAAUCAGCUGUGUGUUUACAUGAGUUAUGAUGGAAAAUGGUAUGAUAUAUCAUGUGACAACACUCUGACAUUCGUUUGUUAUGAUGGCAGAGAGACUGCCACACAGAGUUACAUCAGAAUAUAUGAUGGGAAAACCUGGUCAGAGGCUCGUAGAUACUGCAGAGAGCAUUACACAGAUCUCGCCAAUGUGAGAAAUCAGACUGAGAACCAGAUGAUCCUUGGGGUAUCAGGUGGAUAUGGAGUCUGGAUCGGACUGUACAGAAACAGGGUUUGGUCAAACAAUCAGACUACUGGUUAUCAAAACUGGAGGCCGCAAAUUCCGGGGUCACAGUCACAACCAGAUAAUGGAAAUGGUCAAGCUUAUGAAUAUGGAUAUCAGCACUGCACUGCAGUAUCAUUCAGAUAUUCAGGCCGAUGGACAGAUGAGAUCUGUGUAUCCAGCAUGCCUUUCCUCUGCUACAGCAGAACCUGCACACAAUCUUCAUGCACCCGUCAGUAUCACUUUGUGAAUGAGUCUAAGACCUGGACUGAUGCUCAGAGAUUCUGCAGACAGAAUUACACUGAUCUGGCCACCAUUGAUAACAUGGAGGAAAUGAAGAGGCUCAUUAAAACAGUACGUGGCACUUACUAUGGCUCAGCUUGGAUUGGACUGUAUGAUGAUCUGAACAGCUGGAGAUGGUCUCUGGAGAAUGCAGCAUUAGAGGGAGGAUUUAAAAGCUGGUAUGUCCAGACACCAGUGAACUCAGGUGGACGGAGUCUGUGUGUGUACAUGUCAAAUUACCAGGGAACAUGGAGUGAAAUCUCUUGCUCCUAUACACUUCCCUUUGUUUGCUAUGAUGGAAGAGCGAAUGCUAGUACAAGUUAUGUGUUUGUUUACCAGUACAAAACCUGGACUGAAGCUCAGAGUUACUGCAGAGAACAUCACACAGACCUCGUCAGUAUCAGGAAUGAGAAUGAAAACUACAGGGUUCGGUUAUUAAUUUCAUAUUAUUACACAGUUUGGAUUGGACUGUACAGAACCAGAUCUUGGUCAGAUCAGAGCAACUCUUCAUUCAGUAACUGGAGGACAGGACAGCCAGAUAAUGCUGGAAACAGUGAAUACUGCACUGCAGUGUCAUUCAGUGACUCUGGGAACUGGACAGAUGAAAACUGUAAUACUGCAUUUCCUUUCAUUUGCUACAGUGCAUCAUCACGUCAGUAUCACUUUGUGAAUGAAUCCAAGACCUGGACUGAAGCUCAGAGAUUCUGCAGACAGAAUUACACUGAUCUGGCCACCAUUGAUAACAUGGAGGAAAUGAACAGUCUGAUCAACACAGUUAAUGGGAGUUACAAUGGUUCAGCCUGGAUUGGACAGUAUGAUGAUGUGAACAGCUGGAGAUGGUCAUUGGAGGAUAAUGAUUUCUAUCAGGAAGGAGAGAGAGAUUUCAGGAACUGGUAUCAUGAACCAAACAACAAUGCUGGGAAUGAACUGUGUGUUUACAUGGAUUAUAAUGGAAACUGGUAUGAUUCGUCAUGUGACAACUAUUACACAUUUGUCUGCUAUGAUGGUAGAGAAAACACUUCUCAGAAGUAUGUUUUGAUAUAUAUGAGUAAGACCUGGACUGGAGCUCAGAGCUACUGCAGAGAGAAGUACACUGAUCUGGCCAGUGUGAGAAAUGAGACAGAACGUCAACAGAUACUGAGCCUCACACGUUAUUAUUAUUCUUAUAGUUAUUAUUAUGGAUAUACUGUAUGGAUUGGUCUGCACAGAAACAGACUGUGGUCAGAUCAGAGCAGCUCUUCCUUCACAUAUUGGCUGCCAUACACUCAAGGUGAUGUUGCACAACCAGAUAAUGGUGCAAAUGUCCCAGGAGAGCGGGGAGCUCAACACUGCACAGCUGUGUCUUUAAAAUACUUUGGCCAAUGGACAGAUGAGAGCUGCUUAGCCAGUUUACCUUUCUUCUGUUACAGUGAUGAGUAUGUGAUGGGAAUGCGAAUAGAAGUUACAAGUCUAGAAAAUUUGUCAGAGUCUCAGAUUGAAGAGCUUGUGAUUUUACAGUUGCAAGAGGAGCUGAUCAGACUCGGACUUCCCAGCAACGCCACCAUGCAUUUGAGAGACUAUCGUAAGAUCAAACCUUGAUGGAGGAGGACUAUGUUUUGCAGUUUCCAAUAAAUACACUUGUGGGCUCAAUACAUAUUCAAGCAUGAAAUUAUACAAUAAUCUCUUGACUUUUAUAAAUCAAUGAUCUAGAUAGUUUUUCUGUGUUGUUUAAUGGACCUAUUAAAUCAGUGAAGGGGUUUAUAAAAUACUAACAAUGAAUAUAGCUUGAUUUUCAGUGUCAGAGUGAUGGAAAAUUAUAACGUACAGUACAGUACAAUAUUCUCGUUACACUAAUUUUUGACAUGAAUGUGAUAUUUUGAUCUGAAUAUGAUUGAUAAAUGUAAGAUGAUGGUUUUGUUUUAUUUGAAGUUUUGCGUAACAAUGGUACUAAAUCUUGUCAAUAAAGUUGGUUAAAGUUUGAAA